UUCCAUCAUUGAAUUUUCCCUUUAAAAGGAGACUAAAGCACAACAAUAACUGAGCCAAAGAAAGCUUCAAAACUAAUCAACAUGGAUGUGGAGAAACUCUUUCAUAUGACAGGAGGGGCUGGCCCAUCUAGCUAUGCUAAAAAUUCCUCCUUGCAGAAGAAGGCAUCGGAUAUGGUGAAGAACGUAACCAUAGAAACAUUACAACAACUUUAUCUUGAAAUAACUACAAAGACGUUAUGCAUAGCUGAUUUGGGUUGUUCUUCUGGAUCCAAUACACUAGCAAUGAUUAAAGAUGUUGUUGAAACCGUUGAAGGAACUUGUCGUAAAUUCAUGCUUUCAGACCCAGAGUUUCACGUUUAUCUUAAUGAUCUUUCAACAAAUGACUUCAACUCGAUCUUUAAGGCCUUGCCAGAUUUUGUUAGAGAGCUUAGGGAAGAAAGAAGUGGUGGAUCUCCCCACAUAUAUAUUGGAGGUUAUCCAGGAUCUUUUUAUGGAAGACUCUUUCCCAGCAACUCCUUGCAUCUUAUCUAUUCAUCUUACAGUGUUCACUGGCUAUCAAAGGUUCCUCCAGCUCUUUACAACGACCAUGGCGAUUCAAUAAACAAAGGCAGCAUUUAUAUCUCUGAAUCCAGCCCUCCUCGAGUGUUACAUGCAUAUUUUAAUCAAUUUCAAGAAGAUUUCUCCACGUUCCUUAGAUCAAGGUCCGAAGAAUUAGUCGUUGGAGGUCGAAUGGUGCUUAUCUUAUUGGGAAGAGCAGGUCCUGAUCAUGUUGACAGGGGCAACUCAUUCUUCUGGGAACUUCUCUCUCGAUCCCUAGCCAUCUUGGCUUCUCAGGGAGAAAUAGAGAAAGAAAAGCUUGAGUCUUACGAUGUGAACUUUUAUGCACCAUCAAAAGAUGAAAUAGAAGAGGAAGUGAGGAGAGAAGGAUCGUUCAAACUAGACCAGCUUCAGAUGUUUCACAUAAAGAUUGAAGAUUAUGGUGAUAGACAUGGCUAUGCUGUUGCGGCGACAGUUAGGGCUAUUCAAGAAUCAAUGAUCCGUCACCAUUUCGGAGUAGGAGAAGGGAGCUUAGACUCUUUGUUUGAGAUUUACGGCAGAAUGGUUGAUGAAGAAAUGGGUAAAGAAGAAAUUAAGCCCUGGACUUUUGUCCUAGUUCUUAGAAAAUUAUAAGGUUAUUUAAUAUGUGAUGAACUAUAUGAACCGU